AACACAGAACUUCGCGCAAUUGGAGUCUCUUGAUGUCAGUCAGCAGCAGCGGCUUUGCCACCACCUCUCCUGAUUCCCUUCUCUACUGCACUUGGCGACCAUAUCGGCCGUCAGGGAAAGAAAUACCAUCGGGAUGAGGAGAUCGUAGGCCAUGUAAAUACAAAGUAUAAAAUGUUAACGAUUUCAUCGACACAUCGAUGUGCUGUUUGCUUUUCGAAUAUCGCAGUUAUGGUCCCAAUAGUCUCCCGUCCGUGUGUUUUAUCCACCACCGUCUCUAGCCUCGGGAAAAUGUACCCGACUAUUCUUGGUAGCAUUUUUUUCACAAACAAAAGAAGACACCCGAAAAAGCAAUAAAAGAGCACGACAGAAGGAUCGGUCCAGGUGCCCCCACCUCAUGGAGAAGGUUGGCAAGGUGUGGAGCAACCUGAAGAGGGGAUGUCAAUCUCUGCUCCACACAGAUGGGGGUUCUCGCAUUGAAAUGACACCACAGCUUCAACAGCAAAAAGACAUGGUAUGCCACGUUGUGGACAAGGCCCAGGGAGACAGCACACUUGAGGCUGCCAGUCCCUCUAGCAGUGUGGCAGCACUCCCACAAGUGCCAUGGAGGACCAGCGGGAGUGUGUCACGACGGGGCCAUAACUGUGUAGCGGAUGUACCCCAGAUACUAGAGAUCACAGUCGAGCAGGAUACUGAAGAUGCUCGUGCUCCCCUGGGAGCCCGCAGAGAUUCUUAUUCACGUCAUGCACCUUGGAGUGGAAAGAAGAGACACUCGUGUUCCACUAAGGCCCAGAGUUCUCUGGAGACCACAGAUCGUCGAUCGAGCCGGUCUCGGCGCAGACAUGGGACUGGUAGUAGCCGUGAGGAGUUGGAGUCCGGAGCAGCACGCUCACUACGCCAGCAGAUCCAUGAUACAGUGGGCCUGUGCCUCCCAUUGCGAGCAUCUUCUCGAAACACUCACCUUCCACCACCCAAACGUAAGAUUCAAAUUACGGAGCUGAUGCUGGAGACGUGCCCCUUCGCACCAGGAUCAGAUCUGGCCCGAAAAUGGCACCUCAUUAAACAGCACACUGCUCCGGUCACAGUGACAGCAGUCGAUUCGUCCUCGGAUGCCCCUGGUGCUGCCUGUGCAUCACCGGAAGAUGAGGAGGAGCGCUUGCGAGAAAGAAGACGACUCAGCAUUGAGGAGGGUGUGGACCCACCUCCAGAUGCCCAGAUCCACACAGUGGAGGCCAUCACAGCCCCCCUAGCUUCUCUUUAUAAGCUGGGACCUAAGCUGGCCCCUGGAAUCGGUGAGGGCCUAGGCGAUAGCCAGGGGGCAACAGCAGCUAACUGUGAUUCUGAGGAUGACGACAGCACCACUCUUUGCUUGCAAGCUCGCAGGCCCAAGCAGCGGCACACUUCAACUGAGAGCCACCUGAGCAGCAAGCAACCGGGGCCUUGGAAAGUACACACCCAGAUCGACUACAUCCAUUGCUUGGUUCCAGAUCUGCUGCAGAUCACAGCACUUCCCUGCUACUGGGGUGUGAUGGACCGCUACGAGGCUGAAGCGCUGCUGGAUGGUCGGCCCGAGGGCACCUUUCUGCUGCGAGACUCAGCUCAAGAAGACUAUCUGUUUUCCGUUAGCUUCCGGCGCUACGGCCGUUCGCUGCACGCACGCAUCGAGCAGUGGAAUCACAACUUCAGCUUUGACGCGCACGACCCUUGCGUGUUUCACGCAGCCACCGUCACAGCCCUCUUGGAGCACUACAAGGACCCCAGUGCUUGCAUGUUCUUUGAGCCGUUACUCACUGUGCCUCUGCACCGGACCUUUCCAUUUGGCCUGCAAAGCCUGGCUCGAGCUGCCAUUUGCAAUGGGAUCACCUACGAUGGCAUCGGGGCACUGCCACUGCCCCCUGCUCUGCAGGACUACCUCAGGGAGUAUCACUAUAAGCAGAGGGUGCGCGUACGCUGGCUUGAGAGGGAGCCAGUCAAGGUCAAGUAAGGCAGGGCAGAUACUUCUCAGCUCUCCAACAGGAGUAGUCCAUUCAGCACUUUGCAGAAGUGGAGGAAUUACAAGUUUUUUUUCUUUCUGGGGGGUUGGAUGUUCGGGGAUGGAGGUAUGAAAGGAGGGACCUGAAACUGAACACAAUAUAUAAGCUUCUAUCAUUUUUUUUUUUUUUUUUUAUCACUCAAACAAGCAAAGAAAUUACAAAUACAGUGGCUCUCCAGUGUGCACAUUUCACUACAGCUUGCACUACAGGACUAGGAUGACACAGCAGAUGUCUUGGUCAGAUUUGAACGCCCUUCUCCCUCAGUUCCCACGGCCUUGCUUUAAGGGGGAUCUGCAGAUACAGAUGUUUUCGUGCUCCUCCACUCUUUCACUGCUUGACUGUGGUUUUAUAGCCAUUUCCGUUCACCUUCCUGCCUGCCCUUUAUUCCCUUGCAUUAAAAUUGCAUUGUUAAUGUUUAUUCAAAGUAAUAUUGUGGACAAAUUCUGAGGGGAGGGGAAAUGAAAGGUAAUGUUCAGAUAUUGCUUUUUCCAGCUUUUUCAUCAUCUUUAGCUUUCAUGGUGCUCUGUCAGUGGUUCCCAUGGUAACAUUCUGUGCUCAUUCCGAGGUUAGAGGCAUUCUGGAGUAGGAUAUAGAAACGCUUUCAGAAA